AGGCCACCCGCCGCAGCUGGCGCCACCUGGGCCUGGUGGAGCAAGAUCUCUUAAGCGCCGCCAUGACCAAGGUCGUGAUGGAUUGGCCCUUCAUCCUGGACCCACAGAUGCAAGCGCGCCGUUGGCUCCUGGCGGAGCUUGGUCGGGAGAUGCCGGCAUUGGAAGUGAAGGCUUGUGACCCUGAUUUGGAUCAGAAGAUUCAGCGCGGCAUAGCAGCUGAGUCUUCCAUUGUCGUGAAAGACUGUGGCGCCUUGGCACCAUCCGUGCGCCUUGAGAUGAGACCACGGCUGAAGCGCACGACAGGUGGUAUCUUUGGUGAAGCGUUGCCGGCGCCACAAACAGCGACGCCGGCCACGACCACGUCGGGGUCACCACACAUGGGCCGGCGCCUGUCGACUCGAAAGAUCAACAGUGCUGCAAAGCUCUCCACAAACAGCCUCAAGGAUCCAACGGAGCCUUCGAACAUGCGCAGCUUCCAGAUCUUCAUGAUUUCGUCGUUAAGCAGCUGUCGGGAGCUGCUGCCAGUGACUUUGCAGCACUGCUCCGUGGUGAACUUCGCCCUAGACUUGGAGGCCUUGACGCAAGUUUUCCAGGACGUGCUCCUGAAAAGCCAGGUACCUGCUUUUGAGCAAGAGUUCAUAAGACUCUACACCUUGCAGAUGGAUGACAGCGCUCUACAGAAGGCAGAGGACAGGCUCCUGCAGUUUCUGGACGACCAUCGCGGGGCCUCCAUCUUGGAGGGUGAGGACACCGUUCUGGUUUUGAGCCUCUACCAGGAAGCGCAGAAGCAAAGCGAGGCUUUCCACAGCAAGUUCCGGAAAGAUUUGGAGGAUUUCCUCCGCUGCCGCGCGCGCCUGAAGCUCUUUGCGGAGCCCUGGGCGCUGGCGACGCAGAGCGCCAUGGUGUUGUCCACGCUCAAUGGGUUCUACACUCCUUCCAUUCCCCAGAUCUCGACAAAGCUGCAGCAGAUCAUGACUGGGAAUUUAGUGUCAAAGGUGGCAGAAACCGGGCGCCACGAGAAGGAGCCUGCGUUUGCCCUUCGAAAGGCCCUUCUGCUGGAGGUGCUACAGCUGCUGGCGCAGCCCAUGGAAGAAGUGCAUCGCCUGCCCUUGGUCUUCUUAACCGCGGUGGGCCUGGCACAUUCAGACGGCACUUUGACGGAGCACCAGUUGCAGAUCUUUUGGGAGGGCCACAAGGCGGUUGAGUCCGUGGCCAGUGCCAUGAACGCCGAGAUUUUGCGGGAAACUGCGGCGACCGGACAGGUGCCGCAACUGAUCAACCCUCGCUUCAUCAAAAGCUCGCCCGACCGCAAGACCUUCCCAGGUGAAAAAUGGGAGUUGAUCAACUUCUUGCCCCACGUGUUUCCAGGCUUCCAUGGCUUACCACAGGAGACGGCGGAUGCCUUGGGCUGCGACUGCGGUGCGGUGAGGGGAAAUGCUACGAAUGCCACAACUGCAUCGUUUCGAUCUGACAUUGGCUGGAUUCAGGUUCUAGGACUCCUUCAGGACGGUCAACAACAGCGGCUGCAGGUGCACGUCACCCAGAUGAAUCGCUUGGCUGCCACUGCAUGGCCGCGUAGUCUGCAGAUCUUUGGUCAGGAGUUGGAUCUCAUUGCCAAGAACACGAUGCUGGCAGCGCUGGCACUUCAGCAUUUCUGGCAACAGUCCUUGGAGUUUCUCGAAGAGAUGGAGGACAAAGAUGUCAUCAGCUUCAGUAGUACGAUGGAUGCCUGUGGAAAAGCGAGCCGCUGGCAGUUGGCUGUGAAUCAAGGUGUCACCGGGUGCAAACGCAGCAUGCGCGUGGACAAGCCGUUCUUCAACAUAAAACUGGGCGCAUUGGAGAAGGGACAGCAAUGGAGACGUGCCGCAGACUUCUUCCGCUGCUUGUCCUCGCAGGGCCUUGAAGCGGGCGGCGCCGGGCUGACCAGCUGUGCUACAGCCUUGAUUCGGUCACAGCAGUGGCACCGGGGCCUGGCUAUUUGUCAGGCGGGACCCUGGGAUGGGGAGAAGAUCUGGAAAAAAAUGGUGGUUUGA